AUGGGAGAAACAAAAAACAAAUUUGAAAUAGCAAGAAAUAGGUCGUCUAAUAGUAUAAGAGAAAACUUAUUACAUUCUUCAGAUAUUCUAAAAACUUCUAAUAACCUUUUAAAAAAUAGCUUAUUUGAAGUAAAUGAUAAAAAAAAUUAUGUUGAUCAUACUUUCAAUAAAAGGGAAGCAACAAAUAUAAAUAAUUUAAUAAAUAUAAAUGAUUCACUAAAUAAACAUUAUUCAUUAAAUGAUGAAGGUAUAACAUAUAGUGAUUCAGUAAAUCAUAAUUUACUAAAUAAGGAAUUUUCUAAUAGUAUGUUUUAUGAUAAAAUUAUGAUGAGUAAUAAAACCUACAAUAGUGCUGUUGAUAAUCUUCAAAAUAAUUUUAGGGGGAACAAUUUGACAAAUGUUGUGAAUUCUAUUAAAUUUGAAGAAAAUGUUAAUAUAAAAAUUCCAUCUAUUUUAAAAAGUUCUCCUCUUUAUGUUUUAUAUCCAGAAUUAAAUAAUUUAAGAGAGAAAGAAGAAGAAGAAGAAGAAGAAAACACACAAAAAAAAGAUGGCAUAGAAAAUUGUAAUGAAAAUGAAUUUUUAAGAGAUAUAAAUGAUAAAAAAAAAUUGUCUAAUUAUUUGAAAGAUGAUUUAAUUAAUAAUACUUUAAUGAAAAAUAAAAUGUAUGAUUAUUUUGAGCUAGAAAAAAAAAAUCUCGUUCAAAUUGAAGGUCCGAAUGAAUUAAAUUACAAAUUAUUAUGUUCAAAAUCAAAUGAAGCAUCUAACGUUAUUUUAAAUUGUUAUAAAAAUAGACAUGUAACAAAUAAUAAUAAUCAUACAUACAAUGAAUUAAACACUCUAAACUUUUUAAAAAAACAAAAAAUGCCCAUUGUUGAAAAAAAUGAAAGAGAAAAUUUUAUCAUACAUUCUACAAGUCCUAGAAAAAAAAAUAUUCUAAAAAAAUAUGAGGAAAAUGAUGAAGAAAAAAUCAUUAAAAAAAAAGAAAAAGAAUUUUUUAUUUCUCUAAUAGAUACUUCCAAUAAAACAGCUACUGUAAAAACAUUUGACAUUAAAAGUAAUAAAGAAGUUAAAGAGAACAAAAAUAUAUUACAAAUAAAAAAAAAACCUCUAAAGGAUGUGGAAGUUCAAACGAAUGAAGAGGAAUUGAAAAAAUCAUCAAUUAAUGUUAUAGAUCCAUAUAUAGAAAAUGUAUACAAUAUUUUAUAUAAAAAAAAAAGUGAGUUACAAAAAAAAAAAGAUAAAAAUAACAAUAAAUUUAAAAAUGUUAAUAAUAACGAUACAAAACAAGAAUUAUUAACUAAUGAAAAAGAAAAAAGUGAAAAUUUGAAACAUAAAAUUUCUUAUAACAUGAUAAAACAAUCAGAUAAAAGUGACGUUAGUAACAAUGAUAACAACAGUGAUAGUUAUAGUGAGAAAAGUAGUAAUAAUAGUAAUUCUAAUGAUUCAAAUAAAAGUAGCAUAGAUACUACGGAAGAAGAUGAUAAAGAAAAUAAAAAAAAAAUGAACAUAAAACAACACAUAACACACAGCAAUGAUUUCAUGAAAUUUGGUGUACCUUAUAAUAUUUUAAAUACAAUUUAUAACAAAAAUUCACCUUUUUAUAAAAAUCCUUUUGUUAAUAUUGAUACAUCAAACAGCUUAAAAGCAGGAAAGGUUCUAAAUAUGAAUAUUUUAAAUAUGGAUAAAAAUGAGAAAAGUUUUAAUAGUAAAGAUAUUAUUAAAAAAAAUCAUUUGAUAAAAAAUUUUUCUCCAAUAUUAAAUCCUUUAAAAAUUCCAUACAUUCCACAAUAUAUACAAUGGAUGAAAAGUAAUAUGAAUACAUUCCCUCCAAAAAAUAAGAAUGAUUUAUAUCAUAAUAAUUUAAAUCAUGCAUAUAUGAGUUAUAUUUUUCCCGUCAGUAAUCAAUUAAAAAAGACAUCAUUAAAUAAAGGAUUUUUACCACUUAUGGUAAAUAAAAGUAUCCCUUCCUUUUUAAAAGGAAAGAGAGAAUUAGCAAAUAAAAAAAAAUUAUGCAAACUUACUAAAAAUAAAGGUUUACAAAAAAUAAAUGAAAGUGAUGAUAGCAUAUUAAGUGAGGAAAAUGAAACAAAUGAGGAAAUCAAAAGUGAAAAUGAAUAUGAAAAAUCUAAAAUUAUAAAUAAUCUUUUAUUAAAAAAAUUAUAUAUAAACAAAGAAAAAGAGUUAUAUGAAAAAAAAAAAUUUCAGGAAACCUUUUGGAGUUUUUUAGAAAAUAAUGAUAUGCUAAAAGAAAGAACACGAGGAAAAUUUAAUAGUUUGAGGAAUACCUACUAUCAUUACAAUGAUGGAGAAAAAGAUAAUUCUUUAUUUUUAAGGAAAUAUAGAUGUUGGGAAGAACAUUAUAAUAAAAAUAUAAAAAAUAUGAAAAAAUAUUUUUUGGAUAAUAAUUACAAUACAUAUGAAAAAGGUUUUAAUAAUAUAAAAUGUUAUUCACAUAAUACUCAAUCAAAUGAAAUCAAUAAUUUGGAUCCUAAAAAAAGAAACUAUAGUCAACCAACAUAUAAUGAAAAUCAUAUAAAUAAAGCACAACAAUUUGUCAAUUUUAAUAAUACACAUAAUCUUUAUACUUUUAAAGAAGAAAAUAAUGAUUAUCUAAAAGAAAACAAAAAAAAAGAAUUUAAAAAUAAAAAAAUAUUUUCACAAAUUAAUUUAAAUAAAAAAUUUGCUUUAUUAGAAAAUAUGAACAGAAAUAAUAAAAAUAUUUUAAGUAAAUUAAAAAAUAAAAAUAGUAAUAAUUUUACACCACAUCCAAUUAAAGAGGAAGUUUACAAUAGUUCAUUAAAGUUUGAUAAUCAAAAAAGAUGUAGAUCAUUUUCUUAUAAAAAUAGACUACAAAAAUUAAACCUGUUAUCAAAAAGUAUUGCUCCUAUUAAAGAAGUUGUUAAAAAGAAUAACAAUAUAUUAACAAAAAAAAAUAAUGAAGAAACACAUUUUAAUGGUAAUGAAAAUGAAUUAAAAAUGGAAGUAGAAAAUCAUCGUGAUAUACAAAAAGUUAAUUGGGAAUUGAAUGAGCAAAAAAAUAAUGAUAAAAAGAAUUAUCAAAAAAUAUUAAAUGAUAUAAAAUUUUCUUACAACAAGAAAAAUACUCUAAAAGAGAACUAUAAUUCAGAAGAAAAAUGUCAUAUCAAAAAUAAAAUUAGCAUAGAGAAAAUAACCAAUGACAUACCUAAUGAAUCUUAUAAUUUUUAUAAUGAUUCACAUAAAUAUAUUGAAGAAAAAGAAAUUUUUAAUUUAAAAAGUUAUGAAAAUAGUUUAAAAGAUAUAUAUAAGUUAAAUAAUGUGAAUGAAAAUUUUUCAUAUGGAGAAGUAAUAACCAAAGAGGAAGAUUGCAUUAUUGGGGGAGAAAGUGAAAAAAAAGAAGAAAACACACAAAAAAAUAUACUUAACAAUAAUAAAGAAUCUAAUGAUCAUUUAAUGACUUACAAAACAAAAACAAAAUUGAAUAAAACAGAUAACCUACUUAGAAUAAAAGUUAAUCUAAAAAGACCUAAUAAUGAAACAAUAAUUCCUAACAUGUUCAUUAAGGAUGAAAAUAAAAAAAAUGAUGACUUUGAUCAUUCUGUAUCACAAUAUUUAGAUAAAAAUUAUGAGAAUGUAGAAAAAAAUGAAAAACAUACAAGAGAAACCAUAGGCAACCAAAAAUGUGUAAAUAUAAAUUUAUUAGAUGAAACAAAAGGAAAUUUUAAUAAUAUGGAAACUGUAAAUAAAAUUAAAGAACCUGAAAAUCAAAUAAAUAACAUAGCUUGUAGAAAAGUAUCUAAUGCAAAAAAUUUCCUCAGAAAAAACAAUGGAUCUGGUGGUGGUAACUAUGUAAAGAUAAAAGAAAGAAAUAUUAGUAAUCACAAAAAUUGUAAACCAUUAAUAACUUUAGAGAGCAAUAUACUAAAUAAAAAUACAAAGAAUAAUGCUGAUUUUAAUUUAAAAUCCAGUUCAGUGAGCAAUGGAAAUGCAACAAAAUUAAAUGAAAUGAUUAAUUUAGAAAAUAUUGACCCAAAUAAAUGGAUUGAAGAAAUUUUUGGAGAUUCUUAA